AUGGUCAAACCUAUCAUUGCACCAAGCAUUCUCGCAUCAGAUUUUGCCAACCUAGAAUGUGGUUGUCACCGCGUUAUCAAUGCGGGUGCAGAAUGGCUUCACAUCGACGUUAUGGACGGCCACUUCGUGCCCAACAUCACCCUAGGCCCCCCAAUCGUCAAGUCGCUACGCAAAGCGGUCCCGAGAGUAGGAGAUAAAGAAUCAGACAAACCCAAGGCGUUUUUCGAUUGCCAUAUGAUGGUUGCAGAGCCUGAAAAGUGGGUUGAUGUCUUUGUCGAAAAUGGCGCAGACCAAUUCACGUUCCACUACGAGGCGACCAAGAACCCGCUAGAGCUUGUCAAGUUGAUCAAGUCACGCGGCAUACGCGCAGCGUGCGCGAUUAAGCCCGACACGCCGGUAGAUGUACUCUUUGAGCUGGCUCCAUAUCUGGAUAUGGCGCUGGUCAUGACCGUGGAGCCAGGCUUCGGCGGUCAGAAGUUCAUGCCAGACAUGAUGCCCAAGGUGGCAGCAUUGCGCGAAAAGUUUCCACAGCUGGAUAUCCAGGUCGACGGCGGGCUUGGCAAGGAAACUAUCCCGCACGCCGCCAAGGCUGGUGCCAAUGUGAUAGUCGCAGGCACGAGUGUGUUUGCAGCUGCCGACCAGAAGGACGUGAUCAGCUACAUGAAAGACAAUGUUCGCGAUGAACUGCGCAGCAGAGGCCUCCUCGACAUAGAUAUGUAG